AUGGCUGAACCAAUUGGGCUAGCCUCUGGAAUCCUUACUCUGGCGACGUUCGCAUUUCAAAGCAGCGUCUCACUUUAUGAGACAGUGAACAGCUUCCGUUCGCAUCCAAAGCGGGUGCGCGACCUUCUCUGCGAACUGGAAGCCUUAAGUGCCGUCCUGGCUCCCCUUAUCGACCUGAUGAAAUCGAACUCUGACGCUGACCUCUCGGUCCUGGAGCUGCCGCUAUUGCGAUGCGGCAAUGUCUGCAAAGAGUUCCAGCAGGAGGUACUCCGAUGCAUGUCGCGAUCGGACGGUAACCGGACAAGCUUCCGUGACUGGGCAAGGUUGAGGUAUAUGGGUGAUGAUAUUGACGAUUUCCGCGACUUGCUGGCAGGAUAUAAGGCCACGAUCAAUAUUGCCUUGACCGAUGCAACUCUGCGCCAAUCUGCGGUCGCUGUUGAAAGCAUUAGGGACUACGAGGGUCUCAUCCAAGAUGCGAAGGAGGACCUGGGAGCUCGACUCGAAAGUAUCGAUAGAAAGUUGGAACAACUGGCUGAGAAGGGGGUAGCGCACUCCAGUUCAGAUGCGGCCGAGCUGGACUCGCUCAGACAGGAGCGCCUGAGUACAGAGAAGUGCCUUCAGAUCUGCGCCCAGUUGUCGAGCCAUAUCGAUCAGCUUCAGCUGAUGUCCGACGAGGCGGGUCCAUCUCGGGGAUCAGUGUGA